GUCGCGCACACAGCACACCCCUCACGUGUGUUUGUUUACAUUUUGUUUAUUUUCAUUUUGAGGUAUUGCUGUUCUGUCCAGGUUCUGUCUGUGUUGUCUUGACUGCUGAGCCGCGAUUUCCCUAGCAGGUACGUGUACCAAGAUGAGCAACAGAAGAGGAAAAUUUCACCAAAAGAGAAAAAUCGAACAUCAAAACCUUGGUCAUUCAAAUAAAAGGCCCAAAGGUGAAGAGCAUGCUCAACUCAAAUUGAAAGAGGUGGAUGUUGGAGUGACUGAAUACGUCAGUGAUUGCCCUGGAUUUUCUGGAAUCAUCAAACAGCGUUUUUCUGACUUUCUAGUCAACGAAAUUGAUUUGGAUGAUCAAGAGAUACAUCUGACUGACACGAACCCAACAAUUCUAGAUGAACCAUUUGAUCAGUCAGACUUCGUUAGCAAUGACGAUUUCACAGAUGUCAUUUCUAAAGAUGAUUGGGAAGCUCUCAAAACAUUAGCAGAUACUAAGAGUGGUUCAGUUGACAUAGAUGUCUCUACAAAAAGCAAAGAUGAGAGGAGGCAAAUCCAUGAAUCAAUCAAGAAGGUUUACAAAAAUGAGCUAACUGCCAAUACAAAAGACAUGGGUGACAAAAAAUUUAUCACAGUGAUAUUUAAAACAGACACCAGGAGGACUUAUUACAAUAACAAGAAUCGUUAUGUGCAUUUCACACUCUACAAAGAGAACACCGACACCAUGGAAGCUGCUAAUCUGAUCGCACGGAAUCUACAUCUGCGUCCUGGCUCAAUAAAUUUUGCUGGCACCAAGGACAAGCGAGCAAAGACUUGUCAAAAGAUGAGCGUGAUGAAUGUGAAGCCCAGCAGAAUAUUUAAUGCUGUCAAAUCUCUGAGAGGCAUGAAAGUCGAUGGGUUCAAGUUCUGUACAAAACCUCUGCAGCUGGGAAUGUUGAAUGGAAACAGAUUCCAAAUCGUUCUCAGGAACGUUUCUGCUUCUGAUGAGCAAAUUGAGCCGGUUAUGAAUUCUUUGCUAGAAAAUGGAUUCCUGAACUACUUUGGACUGCAAAGAUUCGGAACUCAAUCAGUUCCAACCUAUCAAGUUGGAAAAGCUCUUGUUACUGGAAAUUGGCAAGAGGCGGUUGAUUUGAUUCUGAAGCCAAGAGAUGGCUUUGAUUAUCCAGACAUGGCAAAAGCCCGAGAAAUAUGGCUGGAAACAAAAGACGCUGACGCUGCAUUUCAACAAUUGACGAGAAAAACGUCUGUUGAAGCUCAGCUCUUGAGAGGCCUGAAAGAAAACCACAAGAAUGACUUGGUCAAUGCUCUAGAGUCGAUUCCAAGAAAUACUCGACUCCUUUACUUGCACUCUUACCAGAGCUACAUUUGGAAUCACGUUCUCUCAAGAAGGAUCAAGGAGUAUGGCUUCAAGCCAGUAGUAGGAGACCUUGUGCUUGCCAAUGGAAGCAAGAUAGAAGAGAGUGAAUGCGACCUAACUGAAGAAUGUCCAAAACAGGAGCCAUCAAAACUGCCAAACGUGCUUCCAAUUACAGCUGAUGAUUUGGAAAAGCAUUCCAUCUUUGAUGUUGUCCUUCCUUUGCCAGGCUUCAAUGUCAAAUAUCCAGAAAACAAGUGUUUAGAGUGGUUCAAUGAACUGUUUGAAAAAGAUGGUUUGACAAUUGAUUCGAUGAAGCAAAAUGUCAGAAAGUACAGCAUGGGUGGUGCUUAUCGGAAAGUGGCAUGUUUGCCAAAGAAUGUGAGCUGGAAAGUAGUGCAGUAUGACAAUGUAGCUGAGCCACUUGUGCUCUCUGAUCUGGAUAUACUUGACAAAAAGGAAAUAGUGAAAUGUUCAGAGGGGAAAUACAAAGCACUUGUGUUGGACUUCUGCUUGCCAUCUUCCGUUUAUGCUACAAUGGCUCUGAGGGAGGUGUUGAAAAUGGACACAAGCACACACAGCCAGAAAGCUCUGAACCCUCUAGAAGACAAGGAUUCUGCUGUUGCUGCUGCGGCCAAGGACGAUGGAGAGAGCUUUGGUGAUGAUCAUCUCAGUGUCGAGGGCGUGAAACUUCCUCCACAACUCCUUUGAGCACAACUCGACUUUAAUGUCAGCUGGUCCAGGUAAUCUGUCUUGCUGAUCUUUCUCCAAUUUUUCCUCCUGGCUUUUGGUGCCUGAAAUGGAAAAUCCAUUCUCAUAUAUUAUGUAAUUAUGUUGUUUCAUCAAUUAGGAAAUAAAUUGAUUUUAUGGAUAAACUUU